GGCUCUAGAAGCUAAAACCAAGGUGGAGAUGAUUCAACAGAUGGAUGAAGAGCUGAAGAGAGAGCACACAGCUGCAGAACAGCGUAUGGUCCAUCGGAUCCAGAGGAUUAUGAUGGACUGUCACCGGGAGAAGAUGGAGGCUGUGAAGAAAGCCAGGGAAGAAGAGAGGAAGAUUGCCCAGAAAGCUAUCGAGGACCAGAAAAGCAAGGCACUGGAGGACCUUGUAAAUACUGGUGUAACAGCUAUUAAAGACCCUACGGUAAGCUUGGGCCAGUUGAUAAAAGCAAAGGAGCAUGAGAUGAAUGUCUACUAUGGCAUGGCUCAGAGGCAGAAGCAAGAAGAAGUACAAGAAGUGCUUCAAGAGGCAGAAAAAACACAUCAGGCCACCCUUGACAAUGUGAUGGGCAAGCUGGUCAACACUCAGGGGGAGCUGCUGUCUGUGGCAAAGCAACUGGGAAUCAUGACAAACUGGAAGGAUUUUCUGGAAGAGGAACUACAGGAAACCAGGGCUGCAUUUCAGAAGUACAUCAAUUACACCUUCCCGAAGCUCUCUCCAGGACACGCCGACUUCAUUCUGCCAGAAAGAAAGAAAACACCUUCCAAUCUUGCUAAGGAAAAAGAACCGAGUACUGACUAGAGGUCAUCGGCUGAAAGGUCACCACACAAGACAAUGUUCCAAAACUAAAUAAAUGUGUUCAAAACUGG